AUGACGGCGCGGAGGGAGCGCCCGGGGCCCGCCGUGCUGUUGCUGUGCGCCGGGCUCCUCGCCGCAGCCGCCGGCCAGAACUGCGGAGGCUUGGUCCAGGGCCCCAACGGCACCAUCGAGAGCCCCGGCUUCCCGCACGGGUACCCCAACUACGCCAACUGCACCUGGAUCGUGCUGACCGGGGAGCGCACCCGCAUCCAGCUGUCCUUCCUCGCCUUCGCGCUGGAGGAGGACUUUGACAUCCUGGCGGUCUACGACGGGCAGCUGCAGCAGGGCAACCUCAAAGUCAGGCUGUCGGGGUUCCAGCUGCCCUCCUCCAUCGUGAGUUCCGGCUCCAUCCUCACACUGUGGUUCACCACGGACUUCGCCGUAAGCGCCCAGGGCUUCCGGGCCCUGUAUGAAGUGCUGCCCAGCCACACGUGCGGGAACCCCGGGGACAUCCUGAAGGGGGUGCUGCACGGAUCCAGGUUCAACAUCGGCGACAAGAUCCGCUACAGCUGCCUGGCCGGCUACGUGCUGGAGGGCCACGCCACGCUCACCUGCAUCGUCAGCCCGGGGAGCGGCGCCGCCUGGGACUUCCCAGCCCCGCUCUGCAGAGCCGAGGGAGCCUGCGGGGGGACCCUCCGGGGCACCAGCAGCAGCAUCUCCAGCCCCCACUUCCCAUCUGAGUACGAGAACAACGCUGACUGCACGUGGACCGUGCUGGCCGAGCCCGGGGACACCAUCGCGCUGGUCUUCACCGACUUCCAGCUGGAGGAGGGCUACGACUUCCUGGAGAUCAGCGGCACGGAGGCGCCGUCUGUGUGGCUCACGGGCAUGAACCUGCCCUCGCCGGUCAUCAGCAGCAGGAACUGGCUGCGGCUGCACUUCACCUCUGACGGCAACCACCGGCGCAAGGGCUUCAAUGCCCAGUUCCAGGUGAAAAAGGCCAUCGAGCUCAAGUCCAGAGGCGUCAAGAUGCUGCCCAGCAAGGAGAGCAGCCCCAAGAACUCCGUCCUGAGCCAGGGAGGGGAAGCCUUGGUCUCCGACACGUGUCCAGACCCGGGGGCUCCGGAGUUCGGACGGCGAGCCGGAGCUGACUUCAGGGUCGGCGCGAGCGUGCAGUUCUCCUGCGAGGACAGCUACGUGCUGCAGGGCUCCAAGAGCAUCACCUGCCAGCGGGUCACCGAGACGCUGGCCGCCUGGAGCGACCACCGGCCCCUCUGCCGAGCUCGGACCUGCGGCUCCAACCUGCGGGGGCCCAGCGGCACCAUCACCUCGCCCAACUACCCGGUGCAGUACGAGGACAACGCCCACUGCGUGUGGGUCAUCACCGCCUCGGACCCCGACAAGGUCAUCCAGCUGGCCUUCGAGGAGUUCGAGCUGGAGCGCGGCUACGACACCCUGACCGUGGGCGACGCCGGCAAGGUGGGCGACAGCAGGACCGUCCUGUACGUGCUCACCGGCUCCAGCGUGCCCGACCUCAUCGUCAGCCUGAGCAACCAGAUGUGGCUGCACCUGCAGUCGGACGACAGCAUCGCCUCGCCGGGGUUCAAGGCCGUCUACCGAGAGAUCGAGAAGGGCGGCUGCGGGGACCCCGGCGUCCCUGCCUACGGGCGGCGCGCGGGCGCCAGCUUCCUGCACGGGGACACCCUGAGCUUCGAGUGCCAGCCCGCCUUCGAGCUGGUGGGCGAGCGCGCCAUCACCUGCCAGCGCAACAACCAGUGGUCCGGCAACAAGCCCAGCUGCGUGUUCUCCUGCUUCUUCAACUUCACGGCGGCCUCGGGCGUCAUCCUGUCGCCCAACUACCCCGAGGAAUACGGCAACAACAUGAACUGCGUGUGGCUGGUCAUCGCCGAGCCGGGCAGCCGCGUGCACCUGCUCUUCCACGACUUCGACGUGGAGCCCCAGUUCGACUUCCUGGCCGUCAAGGACGACGGCGGCGCCGACGUGGCCGUGCUCGGCACCUUCUCCGGCCACGAGGCGCCCGCCCAGCUGGCCAGCAGCGGCCACGUGGUGCGCCUGGAGUUCCAGUCCGACCACUCCAACACCGGCCGCGGGUUCAACAUCACCUACACCACGUUCGGCCAGAACGAGUGCCACGACCCCGGCAUCCCGGUGAACGGGCAGCGCUCCGGGGACCGCUUCCUGCUGGGCAGCUCGGUGACCUUCCGGUGCGACGACGGCUUCGUGCGGACGCAGGGCUCCGCGGCCAUCACCUGCGGCCUGCAGGACGGCAACGUGGUGUGGAGCGCCGCCGUGCCGCGCUGCGAAGCCCCGUGCGGCGGCCACCUGACCGCGCCCAGCGGCGUCAUCCUCCCGCCAGGCUGGCCAGGCUACUACCGAGACUCUCUCAACUGUGAGUGGAUCGUCGAGGCGAAGCCAGGACAGGCAGUCAAGAUCACCUUCGACAGGUUCCAGACGGAGGUGAACUACGACACCCUGGAGGUGCGGGACGGGCCGGCCAGCUCGUCCCCGCUGAUCGGGGAGUACCAGGGCACCCAGGCCCCCCAGUUCCUCGUCAGCACCGGCAGCGCCAUGCGCCUGCUCUUCACCACCGACAGCAGCCGCGCCAGCGUGGGCUUCCUCAUCCGCUACGAGAGCGUGACCCUGGAGUCCGACUCCUGCCUGGACCCCGGCGUCCCGGUGAACGGCCGCCGGCGCGGCAGCAGCUUCGGCAUCGGGGCGACCGUGACCUUCGGCUGCGACCCCGGGUACACGCUCAGCGACGACGAGCCGCUGGUCUGCGAGAGGAACCACCAGUGGAACCACGCCCUGCCCAGCUGCGACGCCCUCUGCGGAGGCUACGUCCACGGGAAGAGCGGGACGGUCCUCUCUCCGGGGUUUCCGGACUUCUACCCAAACUCCCUCAACUGCACCUGGACCAUCGAAGUGUCCCACGGGAAAGGGGUCCAGCUGAUGUUCCACACCUUCCACCUGGAGAGCUCGCACGACUACCUGCUGGUCACGGAGGACGGGAGCUUCUCGGAGCCCGUGGCCCGGCUCACGGGGUCGGUGCUGCCCCACACGAUCAAGGCGGGCUUGUUCGGCAACUUCACGGCCCAGCUGCGCUUCGUCUCGGACUUCUCCAUCUCCUACGAGGGCUUCAACGUCACCUUCUCAGAGUACGACCUGGAGCCCUGCGAGGACCCCGGCGUGCCCGCCUUCAGCCGCAGGGUGGGCUUCCGCUUCGGCGUCGGGGACGCGCUGACCUUCUCCUGCUUCCCGGGGUACCGCCUGGAGGGCGCCACCACGCUGACCUGCCUGGGCGGGGGCCGCCGGGUGUGGAGUGCGCCUCUGCCAAGGUGUGUGGCUGAGUGCGGGGCAAGGGUCACGGGCAGCGAAGGGACGCUGCUGUCGCCGAACUUCCCGUCCAACUACGACAACCACCACGAGUGCAUCUACAGCAUUGAGACGGAGGCGGGCCAGGGCAUCCGCCUGUGGGCGCGGACCUUCGAGCUGCAGGCCGGGGACUUGCUGCGGGUGUUCGACGGGCGGGACGGCGCCUCCCGGCCCCUGGGCACCUUCACGCGGCGCGAGCUGCUGGGCCUGACCCUGAACAGCACCUCCAACCACCUGCGGCUGGAGUUCGACAGCGACGGCGCGGACACGGCCCCCGGCUUCCAGCUGAGCUACAGCAGCUUUGACCUGGUGAAGUGUGAGGACCCCGGGGUGCCCAGCUACGGCUACCGCGUCCGGGACGACGGCCACUUCGCAGACACCGCCGUCGUGUUCAGCUGCAACCCCGGCUACGCCAUGCACGGCAGCAGCACGCUGACCUGCCUGAGCGGGGACCGCCGAGUGUGGGACCAGCCCCUGCCGUCCUGCGUGGCGGAGUGCGGUGGGCAGAUCCACGCGGCCACCUCGGGGCGCCUGCUGUCCCCCGGCUACCCGGCUCCUUAUGACAACAACCUGCACUGCACCUGGGUCAUCGAGGCCGACCCCGGGAGGACCAUCAGCCUCCACUUCAUCCUGUUCGACACGGAGAAGAGCCAUGACAUCCUGCGGGUGUGGGACGGGCCGGCGGAGCGCGCCAUCCUGCUGACGGAGUGGAGCGGCUCGGCGCUGCCGGGCGACAUCCACAGCACCUUCAACGCCCUCACCCUGCAGUUCGACAGCGACUUCUUCAUCAGCAAGUCCGGCUUCUCCCUGCAGUUCUCAACCUCGGUAGCAUCCACCUGCAACGACCCGGGGAUGCCUCAGAACGGCACCCGCUACGGGGACAGCCGGGAGCCGGGCGACACCGUCACCUUCCAGUGCGACCCCGGCUACCAGCUGCAGGGAUCCGCCAGCACCACCUGCGUGCAGCUCAACAACCGCUUCUUCUGGCAGCCCGACCCGCCCACCUGCACAGCCACCUGCGGCGGAAACCUGACCGGCCCGGCGGGCGUCAUCCUGUCCCCCAACUACCCGCAGCCGUACCCCCCCGGGAAGGAGUGUGACUGGAGAGUGAAGGUGAACCCCGACUUUGUCAUCGCCUUGAUCUUCAAAAGCUUCCACAUGGAGCCCAGCUACGACUUCCUGCACGUGUACGAGGGCGAGGACUCCAACAGCCCGCUCAUCGGCAGCUUCCAGGGCUCGCAGGCCCCUGAGCGCAUCGAGAGCAGCGGCAACAGCCUCUUCCUGGCCUUCCGCAGCGACGCCUCCGUGGGCCUGUCCGGCUUCGCCAUCGAGUUCAAAGAGAAGCCGCGGGAAGCCUGCUUUGACCCUGGGAACAUAAUGAAUGGGACCCGAGUCGGGACGGACUUCAAGCUGGGCUCCUCCGUGACCUUCCAGUGUGACUCCGGCUACAAGAUCGUGGAGCCCGCGUCCAUCACGUGUGUGAUCGGAGCGGACGGGAAGCCGGCCUGGGACCAGGCCCUGCCCACCUGCAGCGCUCCCUGCGGCGGCCAGUCCACGGGAUCUGAAGGUGUGGUGCUGUCCCCCAACUACCCCCAGAACUACACGGCCGGCCAGACGUGUCUCUACUCCAUAACGGUGCCCAAGGAGUUCGUCGUGUUCGGGCAGUUCGCCUACUUCCAGACGGCGCUGAGCGACGUGGCCGAGCUGUUCGACGGGACCCACCCGCAGGCCCGGCUCCUCAGCUCGCUCUCCGGCUCCCACUCCGGCGAAACGCUGCCCUUGGCGACGUCCAAUCAGAUUCUGCUCCGAUUCAGCGCAAAGAGCGGGGCGUCUGCCCGUGGCUUCCACUUCGUGUACCAAGCGGUCCCGCGCACCAGCGCCACCCAGUGCAGCUCGGUGCCCGAGCCCCGGCACGGCCGCCGCAUUGGCUCCGAGUUCUCGGCGGGCUCCAUCGUGCGGUUCGAGUGCAGCCCCGGGUACCUGCUGCAGGGGUCGGCCGCCCUGCGCUGCCAGGCAGUGCCCAACGCCCUCGCCCAGUGGAACGACACCGUCCCCAGCUGCGUGGUGCCCUGCAGCGGCAGCUUCACACAGCGCAGGGGCACGGUCCUGUCCCCCGGCUUCCCGGAGCCCUACGGCAACAACCUCAACUGCGUCUGGAGGAUCCUGGUGGCCGAGGGCUCGGGCAUCCAGAUCCAGGUCAUCAGCUUCGCCACGGAGCAGAACUGGGACUCUCUGGAGAUCUACGACGGCGGGGACACCACGGCGCCCAGGCUGGGCAGCUUCUCAGGGACCACCGUGCCCGCCCUGCUCAACAGCUCAUCCAACCAGCUUUACCUGCACUUCCAGUCCGACAUCAGUGUGGCCGCCGCCGGCUUCCACCUGGAGUACAAAACCGUGGGGCUCGCCGCCUGCCAGGAGCCACCCCUGCCCAGCAACGGGCUCAAGAUCGGCGACCGGUACAUGGUGAACGACGUGCUGGCCUUCCAGUGUGAGCCCGGGUACACGCUGCAGGGCCGCUCGCACAUCGCCUGCAUGCCCGGCCCCGUGCGCCGCUGGAACCACCCGCCGCCGCUCUGCCUCGCCACGUGCGGAGGGACGCUGAGCAGCCUGGCCGGCGUGAUCCUGAGCCCCGGCUUCCCCGGCGCCUACCCCAGCAACCUGCACUGCAGCUGGAGGAUCGCCCUGCCCGUGGGCCACGGUGCGCACAUCCGCUUCCUCAACUUCUCCACGGAGGCCAACCACGACUUCCUGGAGGUCCAGAACGGGCCGCACCCCACCAGCCCGCUGCUCGGCCAGUUCAGCGGCCCCGACCUGCCGGCCCCGCUGCUCAGCACCACCCACGAGACCCUGGUCCGCUUCUCCAGCGACCACUCCCAGAGCCGGCCCGGCUUCCGGCUGGCCUACCGAGCCUAUGAGCUGCAGAACUGCCCGGACCCACCCCCCUUCCCCAACGGGUACCUGGUCGGCUCCGACUACAGCGUGGGCCAGUCCAUCUCCUUCCAGUGUUACCCCGGGUACAUCCUCAUCGGCCAGCCGGUCCUCACCUGCCAGCACGGCACGGACAGAAGCUGGAGCCACCCUUUCCCCAGGUGUGACGCUCCCUGCGGCUACAACAUCUCGGCCCCCAACGGCACCAUCUACUCGCCCGGCUUCCCCGACGAGUACCCGGUGCUGCAGGACUGCCUGUGGCUGCUCACCGCGCCGCCCGGCCAUGGCGUCCACAUCAACUUCACGCUGCUGCAGACCGAGGCCGUCAGCGACUACAUCGCCCUGUGGGACGGCCCGGACCAGAGCGCGGCCCAGCUGGGCGUGUUCAGCGGGAACACGGCCCUGGAGACGGCGCGCAGCUCCACCCGCCACGUGCUGCUGGGCUUCCACAGCGACUUCUCCACCGGCGGCUUCUUCGUGCUCAACUUCCACGCGUUCCAGCUCAGGAAGUGCCCGCCGCCCCCCGCCGUCCCCCAGGCGGAGCUGCUGCGUGAGGAUGAGGACUUCGAGAUCGGGGACUCGGUGCGCUACGUCUGCCACCCCGGCUACACGCUGUCCGGCUCCGACACGCUCACCUGCAAGCUCGGCGCCCAGCUGCAGUUCCAGGGGGCGCCGCCCACGUGCGAAGCACAGUGCCCGGCCAACGAGGUCCGCACCGAGUCCUCGGGGGUCAUCCUCAGCCCCGGUUACCCCGGCAACUACUUCAACUCGCAGACCUGCUCCUGGACCCUCCGCGUGGAGCCCCGCUACAACAUCACCCUCUUCGUGGACAGCUUCCAGAGCGAGAAGCAGUUCGACGUGCUGGAGGUGUUCGACGGCUCCUCCGGGCAGAGCCCGCUGCUCGUGGUGCUGAGCGGGAACCACACGGAGCAGGCACGCUUCACCAGCCGGGGCAGCCAGCUAUUCCUCCGCUGGUCCACGGACCACGCCACCAGCAAGAAGGGCUUCAAGAUCCGCUACUCAGCCCCUUACUGCAGCCUGACCCACAUGCCCAGGAACGGCGGCGUGUUGAACAGGACGGCCGGGACGCCGGGCAGCACAGUGCACUACUCCUGCCAGCCCGGGCACCGCCUGGUGGGCCGCGGCAACGCCACCUGCAGGCGGAACCCCGUGGGCAUGUUCCAGUGGGACGCCCUGCCCCCGCUGUGCCAGGCCGUGUCCUGCGGCAUCCCCGAGGCCCCGGGGAACGGCUCCUUCGCGGGGAGCGAGUUCACGCUCGGCAGCAAGGUCACCUACGAGUGCGACGAGGGCUUCACGCUCGAGGGCAGCCAGCCGGCCUCCGCCGUGUGCCGGGAGGACGGGGCCUGGAGCCACGGAGGGGCGCCGCCCGCCUGCAAGCCGGUUACCUGCCCCCCCGUCGAGGCGCAGCUCUCGGAGCACGUGACCUGGAGGCUGGUGGCGGGGUCCCCCAACGAGUUCGGCGCGCAGGUGGUGCUGAGCUGCAGCCCCGGGCACUACCUGGAGGGCGCCCGGCUGCUGCGGUGCCAGGCCAAUGGGACAUGGAGCGCCGGCGGGCAGCGGCCCCGGUGCAGAGUGAUCUCCUGCGGAGGCCUGUCCUUCCCGCCCAACGGCAACAAGAUCGGGACGCUGACCGUGUACGGGGCCACGGCCAUCUUCACGUGCAACACGGGCUACACGCUGGUGGGCUCCCACGUGCGAGAGUGCCUGGCCAGCGGGCUAUGGAGCGGCUCUGAGACGCGGUGCCUGGCCGGCCACUGUGGCUCCCCGGACCCCAUCGUCAACGGCCACAUCAGCGGGGACGGCUUCAGCUACCGGGACACGGUGGUGUACCAGUGCCACGCCGGCUUCCGGCUGGUGGGCACCUCCGUGCGGAUAUGCCUGCAGGACCACAAGUGGUCGGGACAGACGCCGGUGUGUGUGGCCAUCACCUGUGGGCACCCGGGCAACCCCGCCCACGGGCUCACCCACGGCAGCCAGUUCAACCUGAACGACGUGGUCAACUUCACCUGCAGCGCCGGCUACGUGCUGCAGGGGGCGCCGCAGGCCCAGUGUCGCAGCAACGGCCAGUGGAGCAGCCCCCUGCCCACCUGUCGAGUGGUCAACUGCUCGGACCCCGGCUCCGUGGACAACGCCGUCCGCCAGAGCGUCCCCGAGAGCCUCGUCUACGGCCGGACGGUCGUCUACCGCUGCAAGAAGGGCUUCUACCUGCUGGGCUCGCCCGCCUUGACCUGCACGGCCCGCGGCUUGUGGGACCGCGCCCUGCCCCAGUGCGUGGCCAUAUCCUGCGGGCACCCGGGCGUGCCCGCCAACGCCGUCCUCACGGGGGACGUGUUCACGUUCGGGGCCACAGUCCGUUACUCCUGCCAGGGGGCGCGCAGCCUGGUGGGCGACCACAGCCGCGUGUGCCAGGAGGACGGCCACUGGGGCGGGGCGCUGCCCCACUGCACAGGAAACCACCCGGGGUUCUGCGGGGACCCGGGGACCCCCGCCCACGGGGCGCGGCUGGGCGAGGAGUUCAAGGCCAAGAGCCUGCUGCGCUUCUCCUGCGAGGUGGGCUACGUGCUGCGCGGCUCCCCCGAGCGCACCUGCCUGCCCAACGGCUCCUGGUCCGGGCGGCAGCCGGCGUGCGAAGCCGUGUCCUGUGGGAACCCCGGCACGCCCACCCAUGGCGCGAUCGUCAGCAGCGACGGCGUGCUGUUCUCCAGCUCCGUGGUCUAUGCCUGCUGGGAGGGAUACCGCACGCCGGGGCUCACCACCCGGCACUGCACCGCCAACGGCACCUGGACCGGCACCGCUCCCGACUGCACAAUCAUCAGCUGCGGCGAUCCGGGCACUCCCGCCAACGGCCUCCGGUUCGGCUCCGACUUCACCUUCAACCAGACCGUGAGCUACCAGUGCAGCCCCGGCCACGUGCUGGAGCCGGCCUCGGGGGCCGCCCUCCGCUGCCUGGCCGACGGCGCCUGGAGCCCCAGCCGGCCCGUCUGCAGAGCCGUGCUGUGCAGCCCGCCGCCCCCCGUCCCGCACGGGGAAGCGGAGGGCACCGACUUCCGCUGGGGCGCCAGCGUCAGCUACCGCUGCGCCCCCGGCUACCAGCUGGCGCAGCCCGCCAUCCUGUCCUGCGAGGGCCCGGGCGAGUGGAAGGGGGAGACGCCGCAGUGCCUGCCCGUGUUCUGUGGGGACCCCGGCACGCCCGCGGAGGGCCGGCUCAGCGGCAAGAGCUUCACCUACAUGUCCGAGGUCUCCUUCCAGUGCCGGCCGCCCUUCGUCCUGGUGGGGUCGGCCCGGAGGACCUGCCAGGCUGACGGUGCUUGGAGCGGCGUGCAGCCCGCCUGCAUCGAUCCUGUUCACAACGCCUGCCCGGACCCGGGGACCCCCCACUUCGGGAUACAGAACAGCUCCCGGGGCUACGAGGUGGGCAGCACCGUGUUCUUCCGGUGCCGGAAGGGCUACCACGUGCAGGGCUCCACCACGCGCACCUGCCUGGCCAACCUGACGUGGAGCGGGAUCCAGACCGAGUGCAUCCCUCACGCCUGCCGGCAGCCCGAGACGCCGGCCCACGCGGACGUGCGCGCCAUCGAGCUCCCUGCCUUCGGCUACACCCUGGUCUACACCUGCCACCCGGGCUUCUUCCUGGCCGGCGGCUCGGAGCACCGGACCUGCAAGGCCGACCUGAAGUGGACGGGGAAGUCGCCCGUCUGUAAAAGUAAAGGAGUGGGAGAAGUUAAUGACACAGUUACUAAAGCGCCAGUCCCCUCGGACGUGUUCUCCGUGGGCUCCGUGUGGCGGGGGCACUACGAGCACCUGGGGCAGAGGCAGCCGGCCCUGCUGACGGUGGACAGCUUCAACGCCUCCCGCAGCCGUGUCAACGCCACCUUCGCCGCCGCCUCGCAGGUGGAGCUGCGGCUGACAGGCGUCUACAAGAAGGAGGAGGCCCACCUCCUCCUCAGGGCCUUCCAGGCGAAGGGGCCUGCGGACCUGUUUGUCAGCAAGUCUGACGGCGACCCCUGGGGCCUGGACGGCUAUGUCUCCUCGGGGCUGGAAAGGGGAGAGUUCACCUUCCAAGGAGACGUGCGGGGGGAAGACUUCGGCAAGUUCAAGCUCCAGAGGCAAGAUGCUCUGAGCUCCGACCAGGACGCCGCGCACCGCCCCCCGGGCACCAGCAGCGGCUCCGUGGCGGCCGCCAUCCUGGUCCCGUUCUUCGCACUCAUCCUGUCAGGGUUUGCGUUUUACCUCUACAAACACAGGACGAGACCGAAAGCUCAGUACAACGGCUACGCCGGCCACGAGAGCAGCAACGGGCAGGCCUCCUUCGAGAACCCCAUGUACGACACGCACCUGAAGCCCACGGAGGCCAAGGCCGUGCGCUUCGACACGACACUGAACACGGUGUGCACCGUGGUAUAG